GUCUCACAGCACGGAGAAAGUGAAACUAAAGUUCAUUCAUGGUCGGAGAGAGUUCAGCUGUACCGUGUAUUUCUUUCAUCUUAAUCUUUCACACAGUGUGACAUGAGCUCUCUGAGAUCCACUGUGUCUGUUCUUCAUCCAGAGAUCAUGAUGGAGUUCUUUAUUGUGGUUUUGCUGUCUUCUCUCCCUGCGGUGGGGGUUACAGUUACAGUAACAGUCGGUGAUAACGCCAUCCUGCCAUGUUACCUGGAGCCUCCAUUCAAUGUGAGGACUCUAACGGUGGAGUGGAAACGUGAUGGACAAUCUAUCCAUGUCUGGCGACAAGGGAAGGACUAUCUAGAUCCUCAGGAUGAGAACUUCAGAGGUAGAACAUCUGUCUUCCAUGAAGAAAUGAUCAGAGGAAACAUUUCACUAAAACUGACCAACGUAACUGAACUGGAUGCUGGAAGUUACACCUGCUUUGUUCCCAAACUGCAAAGUCAGGUCAGGAGAGGCUUCAUUAACCUCACUGUUGAGCCAGUGGAGAACGGGAACAAAGAAAGUCAAACUGGUGUUAUCAACACAGAGCCAGGUAAGUGCUGUCUUUACUGCAGUCCACAAUGUACACAGAUAUCACUCCUGUUUCUCUCCUCCUUACAAUAUGAACCUGAGAAUGAGCAUAAUAUGACCUCUUUAACCUCAAAAGUAAUCAGAGUAAUUCUGAAUGUAAUGCUUCAUUUGACAGGAUGCCAUUCUAACAAAUAAUGAACUCAUUCAUCAUCUCAGAGCACACUGAUAGAGGACUACUGAAAGGUCCAGUGUGUAACAUUAAGGAGGAUCUAUUGUCACCACCAUGUUUCUACAGUAGCCCAGAACACAUUUGGAAGUUUUAUUCACUUGUUUGCAAUCUGUAACUUCACCACUAGAUAUCACUGAAUCCUCCACAGCGGUCCUUUAAAUAACCCUGGAUCCUCGUAUUUCUGGAGAAUAUUCUUACUGAUAAUACUGUUUGUUUACUGUUGUGCAAUGAAAGAGAUUCUAACCAACAGACAGUUUUGGUGGGAUGGACUCCAAGUACACAUUGAGACCAUGAACAGGAGAAGUGGCUGUGGAAAUAUUGUUGAUGGAUGUUAUCUUGAUACAGUGAAGA